ACUGGAAUCGGGUUGUCCGUCUGUCUGUCCGUCCGUCCGUCUGUAGACACAAUGGUUUCCUGGCUCUAAAGCAUUAUCCUUUCCACCUACCAUCACCAUAUAAUAUAUAUGGACUACCCAUGGGAUGAAGAUGUUCCCUAGUGAUUUUGGGUUCAAAAGGUCAAAGGUCAAGCGCACUGGACAUCGAAGUAGCAAUAUGGUUUCCGGGCUCUAAAGCAUUAUCCUUUCCACCUACAGUCACCAUAUUAUACAUAUGGACUACCCAUGGGAUGAAGAUGUUCCCUAUCGAUUUUGGGGUCAAAGGUCACGCACACUGGACAUCGAAGUAGCAAUUAACAACACCCUUUUGGGAGAUUGGGGUAAGCGGGCGGUAUUCUUAGUGAGCAUUGCUCACAGUACCUCUUGUUAGGUCCAGUACAAUCUCUAUAUUUAGCUAUAUUUAGCUAACCCUUAGGGCUAUAGCAGUGAGGGUUCUUUAUCGUGCCAAUGCCUGCCACGGCACGGGACCUCCGUUUUUAAGGUCACAUCCGAAAGACCCGUGAUUCUCGCUUAUAAAUGCUGAGUGUUUGGUGAAAAAGCAAUCACUACCUAUGUAGUCUUAUGUCUUAAGUUUGGUACGGAUAUGGCAUAAAUGGUGCUCAAACUCACAACCUCCUGGUUACAAAGCAAAAGCUCUACCACUGAGUUAUGCCAGAUACAAUUAUUUAUAGUGGAAGUCGAUACAAUGCAUUAGCUACCCAAGAAACACAAUAUUGACCCGAGUCCUCCCAGAAAAUGUCGAUAUAUUGUAUCUGUUUUAUUAUAUGAUUGAAUAAUUAAAACACAAUAUUGAUUGAGCCCUCCCAGAAAAUGACGAUACAUUGUAUCGGUUUUAUUAUAUGAUUGAACAAUUCAAUCAUUGAAAUGCUUAAUAUAGCAUGCGAAACGAUACCUAGUCAGCCAUCUUAGUUUACACCUAAAGAGCAAGACUUGGUCAGAAAGUGAUUAGAGAUGCGAGUAUUUGUUUAUUAUGUGAUUGAAUUGUUUAAAACAUUUGAAACCAAUCAUUAAAGCUUACCAGACAAUACUUACGUCUUUGUUUACAUCUAUAAUGGAAGACUCUACAGAAAUUAAUUAGAGAUACAAAUUUUCAAUGGUUGACCCAAAAAUUUGGAAAUUAAAAAUUUAUUUUUGGACCGAUUUAGGAAAAAUUAAAUGUUAUAUUCACCUCCAGGGCAAGAAGAGGAAAACAGAAAUAUUAGUUCUAGUUUGUUGGAUCUCAGCCAAUCAAAAGCUCAAAAUUAUUUAGUCAUGUAAUAAUUCCACUUUAUCAGGUAUUUUUAUGUUUGUCGCAGAAGACACAGGUAAAUAACUUAUCUGUAUUCGAUGAAUUUUUCCAUCACGUAUGGAAAGUCUAUUGUUGUGCAUAUACAUAUAUGUAUGUAUGAUACAUAUUGUAAAUGCAUAACUGUCAAAUGCUUACAUGGCAAGAGAUUUAUUUAUAUCUGUACAUCUAAAUCUCGUGAUGUACGUAUUCAUCGGCGAUGACAUGCACGCUUGAAGGGCUACGUCAUUGAAUUAUUCAAGCGUAAAGGACAAGAAAUAUGGUGAACAGGGGUAGGCAAUCGUCUGGUAUUUAUGACCUCAUGUCAGCUUUAACUUAGGCGGAACGUUGGCGUUUAACUUUCACAUACAGCUGCGGAUGAUAAGGUGUAGAGGAGACGUCCCACAUAGAUAAGCAAUAUAAACAAUAUAGCAUUAUAGAUAUACGUGUUGACCGACCCAUGAUAAUGUAAUGGACGUGUAGACCAUUUACAACCGUGCACGGUCUUCGUCACAAGCAUCCACCUUUAACAAUGGCUGCAAUCACUUGGAUAUUUCUACAAACUCUUCCCUUUGUCUUCAUUGGAAUAAUUCUUGUGAAAAUCAUGUCCAUCUUGAAAAAUAGAUACGAUCUGAUGGCAUCGUUCAAAGACUUUCCCGGACCCAAACCUCACUGGCUGUGGGGCAACAUGCAAGAGCUGACGGGUGACUUUAAGGGGAUGCUGAGGGUAGCGGACUACGCAGCGGAGUUUCACGGGGCUUUUCCCGUCUGGAUGGGCCCUACAGACGCCUUCCUGAUGGCCGUCCAUCCGGCCACAGUACGCUCUGUCCUCUCCGGCACAGAUCCCAAAGACGAGUUUUCGUACUCUCUGAUGCGACCGUGGAUAGGAGAUGGUCUUUUGCUGAGUUCCGGGAAAAAAUGGGACAGAAACAGACGAAUGUUGACGCCAGCGUUUCAUCAAGAGGUCAUCAGAAACUACGUUAAAAUCUUCUACAAGUCCACGCUAGAGUUACUGAAAAAAUGGGAAGGCGUCACUGAGCCCGUGGAGACGUUCCACCACGUCAGCCUGCUGACUCUGGACAGCAUGAUGCAGUGUUUGUUUGGAUACCACAGUCAGUGUCAAAAUGAAAGAGUUCGCCACCCUUACAUUCAGGGAGUUUACGAUGUGUCGGAACAAAUUGUGAAGAGAGUCACCAACCCUCUACACCAUUUCCAAUUCAUCUACGACUUGUCGGCAAAUGGUAAAGAGUUUAGGAAGACAUGCGACAUAAUCCAUAAACAUUCCGAGAAAAUCAUUGACGAUCGGCAUCGACUGAUAGCCACAGAAAAACCAGGCUCCCGACCCGUAGAUUUCCUGGACAUUCUCUUGUCAGGGAGGGACAGUGACGGGAGGGGGCUAUCGGACCAGGAGAUCCGUGAUGAGGUGGACACUUUCAUGUUUGAGGGUCACGACUCCACAGCCAGUUCCAUGUCGUGGUGUCUCUACAAUCUGGCUAAGCACCAGGAACACCAGGAUAAGUGUCGGGAGGAGAUACGGCAACACUGGGGGGACAAGGAGGAAAUAUCGUGGGAAGAUCUGAAUAAGCUCGAAUAUACAUUUAUGUGUGUAAAAGAGAGUAUGAGGAUGUACCCCCCAGUACCAAACGUCUCACGGUGUGCAGAGAAGGACAUCACUAUAGCUGACGGUAGAAUCAUUCCUAAAGGAGUCAGAAUGGCCGUGUCUUUGUUUGCGCUCCACAGGAACCCGGAAGUGUGGCCAGAACCGGAGGAGUAUGAUCCGUCCAGAUUCUCUAAAGACAGCACCACAUACCAAUCUGCUUACAUGCCGUUUUCUAUAGGCCCGAGAAACUGUAUAGGCCAGCUGUUCGCUGUCACACAGAUCAAAGUCGUCAUUCCCAUGCUUAUACGUCAGUUCCGGUUCACGUUAGACCCGAGUCGCCCCGCAGAACCUGAGAGCAUGCUGAUUCUACGCAGUAAAAAUGGACUAUAUCUCAAUAUCUAUCCUGUAAAAUAAAGCACAAAUUAUCAGAUGAAGAAAUUAUUUACGACUAUACUCACUAAUUAGAACAAUCUAAUUAAAUUGUACUCAGAAGGAGGAAGGUUCUUACAGAAUGUAUUUAAAUGCAGCUGAUCCCGAAUAUUUUAUAUUAUUUUCUUACAAUAAAACUAGUAGGUUUCAAUCAUUUUAAGUUGAAGCCAUUUAUCAA